GGCAAAGUGGGGGGAGAGACAGACACACACGGGGCCUAGUCACCACAUCUUUUCAUGCGAAUAAGCUGCGCCGUCAAAAACCCCUGUUUUUUGGUUUCCCAAAACUACUCCGGCCCGGGCCUCAGUCCGCGGUCUCGAGUUUGGAAGCGGGCUGCUGGAGACUGAAGCACGUCGGUCUGUGUAGCUGCCAACCUCGCCUGUGCCCUCACCAAGGUGUCCGUCAUGGGAGACAGCAGAGAUUCACGCAGCCCGGACAGUUCCUCCGUGUCCUCUCCUCCGUCGGGCCAGCGCUCCCCUCCGCUCGUGCCCUCAGCCGCAGCCUCCAUGACCUCCCUGCCUCCCAUCACCACCACUGGGGUCAACAGCCCCAUCAGCAGCAUCGGCUCCCCCUUCUCUGUCAUCAGCUCUUCGCUGGGCUCACCUUGCCUCCCCGGCACACCCUCGGUAGGCUACGGCCCCAUCAGCAGCCCGCAGAUCAACUCGACGGUGUCCAUGUCAGGGCUCCAUGCGGUGAGCAGCUCGGAUGAUGUGAAGCCUCCGUUUGGGCUGAAGCAGCUGUCGUCCCACAGCCCAGGGCCUAUGCUCUCCCAGAAACGCCUCUGCUCCAUCUGCGGCGACAGAUCCUCUGGUAAGCACUAUGGUGUGUACAGCUGCGAGGGCUGUAAGGGAUUUUUCAAGCGGACGGUGCGUAAAGACCUGAGCUACACCUGUAGAGACAAUAAGGACUGCCUGGUGGACAAGAGGCAGAGGAACCGCUGCCAGUACUGCCGCUACCAGAAGUGCCUGGCCAUGGGCAUGAAGAGAGAAGUGGUCCAAGAUGAACGACAGAGAUCUGUCCAGGAGGAGCGUCAGAGGAACAAGGAGCGGGAUGGUGAGGUGGAGUCGACCAGUGCAGUGAAUGAGGAAAUGCCAGUGGAGAAGAUUUUGGAGGCAGAGAUGGCUGUGGAGCAGAAGACAGAGCUUCAUGCUGAUGGAACCUCUGGGGGGAGCUCUCCCAACGAUCCGGUUACCAACAUCUGUCAGGCAGCAGACAAGCAGCUCUUCACCCUGGUGGAGUGGGCCAAGAGGAUCCCGCACUUCUCUGAGCUGGCCCUGGAUGACCAGGUCAUCCUGCUACGUGCUGGCUGGAAUGAACUCCUGAUUGCAUCGUUUUCCCAUCGCUCAAUCUCUGUUAAGGAUGGGAUCCUGCUGGCGACCGGCCUGCACGUCCACAGGAACAGUGCUCACAGUGCAGGAGUGGGAGCCAUCUUUGACAGGGCGCACAAUGCCGAGGUUGGGGCCAUAUUUGACAGGGUUCUGACAGAGUUGGUAAGCAAGAUGAGAGACAUGCAGAUGGACAAGACAGAGCUGGGCUGCCUUCGAGCCAUCAUCCUCUUCAACCCAGAUGCCAAGGGCUUGUCCAGCCCCAGCGAGGUGGAGCUACUCAGAGAGCGGGUGUACGCCUCUCUGGAGGCUUACUGCAAACAGAGAUACCCUGACCAGCAGGGCAGGUUUGCCAAGCUCCUCCUCCGGCUCCCAGCACUACGCUCCAUUGGUCUGAAGUGCCUGGAGCACCUGUUCUUCUUCAAGCUGAUUGGUGACACACCCAUCGACACCUUCCUGAUGGAGAUGCUGGAGGCGCCUCACCAGCUCACCUAGACGAGCCAAGGUGCAGUCCGGUCAGGAUGUGAUGCACAACAGGAUUACCAACACGCCACCCCGUGUUGUAUUGUCGGCUCUUCUCCUGGAGCUUCACUUACUGCAGCACCUGCUGGUUCAAAUGUACCAGCUCUCACACUUACAUGUACACAGACACACACACACGCCAACACAAACAGUUGUUGUCAUGUUUUAAUCCGUUACACACAUGCACAGACUAUUACACACAGAUCUUUCACACAUGCAUACACAACACACACACACACACACACACACACACACACACUCACACACACACACACACAGUACAACUAAGCUCAGAUCUUGCGGCUCCGAUAGACCGUAUGCUGUCUAAUACACCCCCCCACACACACAUACACGCACACACACACAGACUUACACUCUUUUCCCUUGCGUAGUUUUCCACCAUAGGGGUUAAGACUCAUGAAAAUAUAUCCCGUUUUUAUCGCACAUAUACAGUAAAUGUCUUAAUUUUAUUAUAAAUUAGCCUUGAGUUUCCACAUCUUCAUCUCACAGUGGUUUUUGCUUCUGCAAUAACUGGUAUAGUUCCCAUGUUUUCACUUGGGUUCCAUAGUUACACCACUAGCUACAUCUCUGUAUAUUAUAGCCGUCACCAGCCGGUUAGUUAUUCAUGUAUGGUUUUAGCUUAACAUCAGGUGCGUAGCAUUUCAAUCAACUGUCAACCAUCAAGCAAUUUCAAUUCUUAUUGGUCAGGAGGUGUCCUAUAAAAGGAUAGUCAGACACGCCCUCCCAGUGAGUUCAUCCAGUCCCAUAAACCUUUUAAUAUUUUAUGCUUUUUUGAAUAUUCAUGCUGAAACUUGUUUGAGUUUCUAUUUUGAAGUACUGUACUCAUGAAAUGAGAGCUUUUUUCCAAGGCAUUGAAAUCCAGGAAAAGGGGGCUGUGGGCACUUUGUUGAACAAACAAACUUUGUCCCUCCCACCCCACCCUGAUGCGCACAGCAGGCUUUGUAAGACAAGAGGAAUGACUUGAAUUGUAUUUUUUUUUUUUCCUUUUUCAGUUGGCCUACCCAGUCCAAAAUGGUUACCAUUCUGGACAUCUUGAGGCUUGCAUGAAGUACAGCUUUGUGUGAGAUGAAAAAGUAUUUUUUUUUCUUUUACUAUCCCGCCCCCAAGCCCACCCCACUUUGCUGGUGGUCAUUUAUGCACUUUUUGUGAGUUGUAACUGUGUAAAUUUUCCUGUCUAUUAAAAAUGACCAUUUGUUCUUAGACGACUAGGAUGACCUUGAAGGUACUACGUGUAGGGUUUUCUUGUUAAUGCAAUGAAUUACGGCCUAAUGGUCAGAGAGACCAUAGUGUAAAGAGAUUGUGCGAGGAUUGCUUCCCCCCAUGCCCCUCCAAACCCACGACUACAAGAGCCAACCCUACAAAAGAGUUCUGUUUUAAAGAUGCUCAACUCAAACCAGUUUCUGAGGUACUGUUCUGUAUCACUGACACUGCACCCUGACCUCCAUGUAAUGUGGGGCAUGUGAAAGUAUGAUUUCUGCCUGUGGGAAUGGUGCACCAAAAAAAUAUCCUUACCUGUGGAUUGGGAAUUACAAAAGCAGCAGAGAUGGGAAAAAUAUGGACCAACAGAACUGAUCGGGCAGUGGAAAUAUGAACAUUAAACUUAAAAAGAGUGUCUGCUGCUAUUUAAUGUUCAACAUCAAGAUGUAAGAUGUCACGUUUAUUAAAAUGAUGUUGCUCCUCAUAUUAUUCAAGUUAAUUAUGAAUUUAAGUUCACAAUAAUUCGGAUUACCAUUGUGGCCAUACCUGCACAACUUUCUAGUAUCCUUAUGACUUUGUAAGCAUCUUCUGCCAAUCGGACGCAACCUUUAACACUGAUCAUUGUCUGUGUCAGUGGAUUAUUAAACAAAGCAUCUAAGUUUGAAUUACAAAUCAGCUAUCGUGUGCCCUUUAAAUAAUGAAACGGAGAGCAUAUUUAAUGAAAAUCCUACACAUACUACCUGCAUCCUUUGUAUUUUUAAUCAGUGUGUAUCGGUUCAGUGCUUGCAACCUCUGUACAGUUAACGUUUUGAAUCAGUGUAAAUAAUACAAAAAAACAUUUUCAGGAGUCAUGCAGGCACGGCAGGUAACAUGAUUAGCGACGAUUAGAGUGAGGCAGACUUGCUCUUUGCAGGCAGGGUGAAAUGGCCUGUUAACACAUAACUUAUGUUAUGCAAGGAUAUCAGGUAGCGCAUGUGAAACAUGUUCACAAUGGAGUAGACACAAACUAUUUAGUUCCAGCAAAUUCGAAAGCCCUAUUUAUUGUUGCAUCACCAUUAGAUGUGUCUCUUGCGUAAUGGCAUCAUCAUGAAAUUGUCAUUGAGCCCAGGGCCUGAACCACACCUCGUCUCUUUUGAGGCAACCUCCGCCAAUAUUUUCUGUUAUUUUAUUUUAUUUUUUUUUGGUAACUGGAUGGCUUGAUUUAAUGACAAUGGCACUUGUCAUUUACUGUGAUUGGAACGUCUGGUCACCUGACUUUGAGCGUUGCGCUGAAAACAGUCAAAUGCAGCUACAACAUGACCAUGACAUUUAAUGCAAAAUAUCAUUAAAACAUUUACACACGCUCAAGGGUGAGUAAUACUGGGGUACAUAUAGAGAGUGACCACCAUUUUUGUCAGAAAAGUAUUUAAAGGAGUGUUCUGAAGUAUAUUUACGCUUUACAUUAGUCACCACUUUUAACAGGAUUUAGAAACAUUAUACAUUUUUCAGUAUCAUUUUAUGGGGAAGGGGUAAAAUUGUACUGUACCAGGUGCUAAAUAACUAAUGUGGUCUUUUAGUUCAAGACGUGCACAUUUACACCAAUGCAAACACAUAGCCGAGAGUAUGCAAGUACGUAUGCAGACACAUCAAACAGCCAUUCUACAGUCUUUGAACCUGGAGUCUGCAUAGGACAUAGAUAUUCUUCUGAGGCUUUUUUCUUGGUCAUUUAUUUUUUUGACCCUUGACUUUCAUUGCAGACUGCCAGGAUGAAAUAUAAGCAUCAGCCAAAUGCCUCUAACACUUGGCUGUGGCAGGCAGGUCGAUCUACUUUACCAGACACUGUGGCAGGCCUCCAUCCACACUGUUUUCUGGUUUUAAAAGGAAUUUAGCUGGUAAAACAAUGACAGUGGCUGUUGAGUUUGAUCAGUAGAUGGGAAAUUGAGCUUUCUGCCCUACCUACAAUCUAAGUUCUUGUCAGAGAGAAUCCUUGGCCCUCCCCAUGUGAUGUGGAUUUUGAGGCCAGCAGUUAAAUGACCUGUAAGACAGGUGGUUCCUUUAACAAGCCAAUAAGUUGAUUAGUGGAUACACAGCGCCAAAUCAACAAACUAGAGACAGAUGUUUGUUAAUUUCCUACAACUGGAGGAAAGUUGGCCAUUGUUUCAUUUCCUUUCUUGUUAAUAUGGGAAUGCUAGCUGCAGCUGACGUUUUGGGUGAGAACAUGAUUUUGCCCAUCACCUGCUAGCAUCUCUUUAUGUUUAGCCUAUGGCUACAACUCACUUACGGCUUCAGUUAGUUCAGAUCAGCCAUCAGACAGUAGCAAACAAAUGUGCUAAUUGUCUGAAUGCGGUGAAAGUGUUGAGACCUUAUCUGAGAGAAAAAGGUGUAACGCAUGUACACAGGGCCUUUCUUGGUCACUCAGCAUGGAGACUUGUGGUCAGGUCAGGUCAGCCUUCCCAGCUUUUUUCCUUCUUUUUUCAGCACAUCUAGAACAAAGUUCAGCUCCCUUUUGAAAGAAAACUAGGCUGUGGAAUGAAAUUCAUGAGUGCAACUCACGAAGUCACUGUGUAAAGUUUUUUAAUACCUUAUGGAGUACGCUGACUGUUGGCUCUUUGUACCUCCUUCUUGUGAAUAAUCUUGUUCCAUGUUAGGUUGACAGCUUCGCAUCUUUUUCUGAAAGUUUUUAUUAGACCUUCCACUGUUGAAUGUGAAAGCCUGCCGCCACUGCAUCAUGUUUAUAGCUAGGGAUGGGAAAUGAUUACACCACUUACCAGUUAGUUAUUGAAUGAUUCACUAGUUGACAAUAGAAUAUUAAUAAGUUCAUCUACACACGCAGAAUUCAGACCAAAUUCUACAUUUCAGUGAUUGAUUAAUAUAAAUGAAAAUAUCCAUGUUUGGCUUUAUCUGUAUUACAUCUUCUAUUUAAAAAAUCAUCCAUCACAUGGGUCAUCCUGUACAGUUGAUACUUGGAUUAAAUAGUUGUCCUUCAUACAGUAAAAGCUGUCAGUCCAUUGUUUCCAUGUGUGUAUUUUUUAGGCUAGUCUGUUGCAUAAGAAUAACUGGUAGUGAAAAGAUUUGGAAUUCCCAUCCCUGUGUAUAACAGUUAUGCUUUUAAGUUUUGCUAUGCUGUUCCUAUAUUCUUUUUAAAAUAAAUUUGCUGUGAGCUUAGGUCAUUUACAGCAUGAUAAAGCGACACAGUUGAAGAAAAAGAAAAAAAAAUACAGUUUUGUAUGCUGAGCUACACGAAGCUUUUCUUGGCGUUUUCUGGUUUUGCUGGCCAGGCAGACUGUUUAAGCAGAGGAAGAUUGUUGAAUAUGGUUAGUUUGGUUGUUUUUGUUUCUGUUUUUUUCUCAGCUUUUGUUGUAGCGUAUGUUUGUCCGCUUGUACUUAUAUGCACAUGUAUAUGAAUUCCGUCUACAGCUAAGCGAAGUGUCUUUGGCAGAUCGUGUAGGCUUGGCUCUGUUGUGCUGAUCCUUUCACUGAUCAUCACAACAGUUAAAGGACGCAUGAAGGAAUGGGAUUAAGGUUAAAGGUGUUAUUAACUGCCUUGUUGACCUGAUGCUUUAUGAGCAUAACCUAUCCUCCUCCCUUCCUUUUACCUUGCCCCGUCUCCCAAUUCUUCACUGCUUUACUAUGAAUUUAGCAUACGCUUAUUCACUUAACCCUUGUGGGCUGAAAACUAUUGGCCUUUGCAUUUGAAUGGGCUUGUAUAAUAAACCUAUGGUUCUCAGACCAUUUGAAAAGGAUGUGAAACUUUUUGUGGGAAAGGGGUUAGAGAGCUGUAAGGCAGGGAUUCAAUGCAGUGUGUCCCUAUAUGCUUACUUUACUUGAUGGCAGAGCGGCGAUGAUCUUGGUCGCCAUGGGAGACCAGUGGAUCGGCGUCGCGCCGCCCAAAGAUGCGUGUCGUUGCAACUGUGUGCACUCAAGGCAGACACAUGCUGUGACCUUCUUUUGACUGUAGCAGUAUUGUUGUCGCCAUCUUUGUUACUUUUUGAAAUCACUCGCUUUUUGAAAAUAAAUAAUAUGCUUUUUUGAAACGGAUCGAAGGCUGUGACUGAUGCAAUAAUCAUCGUGUAUGGAUUAGAUAACAGGGGUGCGUCUUUGCCCAUUGACACGGGCCCCCUGGAGCAAAGGUCCAUUCCAUCAUGACCAACGAGGUGCAUAGUGCGCUGUGCAGCCUUGAAACCACCACCCUUACUAGUUUAUUUGUAUCACUGCCAAACUAUUUGCAGAUGUGGCCGUUUUUAAAUGCAGGGCAACUCAUCAUGACUCCCCAGAGCGUGUUUGUCAUGUAUGUUCUUCACACUAAAGAGUGUGUACUAACCUAGGCCUGUGUAAUGCAUACUAAAGAGGGGCCCAAAUAGGAACGGAAUGACAGCUCGUGUGGAGAGGGGAGGACUGGUCCUAGGUGUGAGAAGCGGACCAGUGUGUGGCCCCCUCUUGGGUGCUUAAGCUGUGCAUUGGUGCUUUUUAUAGGGUCCCCGGCCCAGAAGUUCUGCUUUGGGUUCCAAGAGACAGGGAAGUAAAUGAAUGAAUGAUGGCAGAUAAGGAAUGGUUUGACUGGGCUAUCCUAGCCUCUUAGACCUGCUCUUUUUCUAUCGCAAUUGGUUGUUGUUGUUUUUUUUGUUUUUUGUUUUUGUUUUUUUUUUUUUGCGUCUGGGUCCAUUGCAAACUGUUGUGUGUUUACUUUGUUAGAAUCAUGUAUGGCUGUAGCUGGACACUGCCAGCGUUUAAAAAAAAAUACAAAAAAAAACAACAAAAAAAACGAACGAACAAAAAAAAAAAAAAAACGUCAGCAUCGGUGUUAGAUUAUGAGGGAAAACCCGUGGCUACUUUGUUGGAAAUAAAAUGCAGAGUUUGCUAGACUUUACAGGUUUGGCUUAGAUGCCACACCUCGGAGCAGUAUCCGGUUACAUGGCAUGAACUUGAUGGGAGGGGCCAACUAAACAUGGUAGACCUUCUCUUCUUAAGGAAGACGGGGGGCUGUCGGUGUUCAAGGUUGGAGGAAUUGCCAAGGGUGGGUUAGAGAGAGAGAACGAGAGGAGGGAGGAAAAGGAGGGCAGGUUCGGGACUUCAGAGAACUCAGAUCAGGUGUUAAUUUGUUGAUAGAGAAGAAAAACAGAAAAAAGCUAUUUUCCAGUAGAUCUAGACUCUUCCUUAAUCGUUUACUCUUCACCUAAAAAGAAAAAGAAAUUCACACACUGUUUCUUUGUCUUGUGUUUCCUACAUCUCCCUGUCCUCUGACUAUGCUAUCCAUAUUCAUAUUUUGUUUAUUACCAAGUAUUAAACAAAUACAAGAACUGUAAUAUCAGAAUGGGAUCUGUCACUCUAUUUUAUUUUAUUCUUAAUUUUUCUCUCUCCUUAUCUUUUCGUCUGUUCUUUGUCCUGUUUGUAUCCUACUCCAUCAUACAUGUGGAGCUGAUUGACUAUUUUGUGUGCUUCGGGGAAUGAAAGAAGAAAAAAAAUGAAUAAUGAUUUUUUUUUCAGUCAUUAAUUCUGAUUCUUGUUUCUGUUUGUUGUAUCAUGUCUGAGUAAAGGUUUUAAUACUGUAA